GGGGCGGAGGAGGGCGACGCCGCUUCCGCCCGGCGCCAAGAUGGCGGCGCCCUUUGUCUGGUCCGUGUCACGGUGAGCGCCGCCGGGCCCGGCAUGGCAGAAUCAGUUCCUGGAAAUGAGGACAGACUCCCCUUUGCAGAGACUGAAAGGAGCAGGGCUGCUUUGUUCCCCGAGCUGACACGCAGGAAGGGAGAUGACGGAUGGCUGCGUAGAGACUGAGCUGAGCACUGGGAAAGGGGAAUACUCUGAAGGAGAGCCACAACCAUCUCGCCCGCAGACCCGGUCCUCUGGAUAUCUCCACUCCUUGCAGCACAGGGCCAUGGAUUUCCCCCAGCACAGCAAACAAGUGCUGGAGCAGCUGAACCAGCAGCGGCAGCUGGGCUUGCUGUGUGACUGCACCUUCGUGGUGGACGGCAUCGACUUCAAGGCCCACAAAGCCGUGCUGGCGGCCUGCAGCGAGUACUUCAGGAUGCUCUUCGUCGACCAGAAGGACGUGGUGCACCUCGACAUCAGCAACGCAGCAGAACUGUGUGGCUGAGCGCUGAGAGGGUGUUUCUGGUUGCGUCGCCUCCCUUGCAGGCCUGGGCCAGGUUCUGGAGUUCAUGUACACGGCUAAGCUAAGCCUAAACCCUGACAACGUGGAAGAUGUGUUGGCCGUGGCGGGUUUCCUCCAGAUGCAGGAGAUUGUCAGCGCUUGCAAUGCUCUCAAGUCCCUCACUGCACCAGCAGAGAGCCCCCAGCCCCCUGCCGAGCUCGCAGCUGAUAAAGUGACCAUCGAGGACAAGCCAUCGGUAGCAGAAGCAGGGGGCGAUCAUGACAAACCCAAACUGGUUCCUCCUGACCUGGAGGGGAAGGAAGAGCCUCCCAAGGCACAGACAGAGCAACUGGGUGCCCACGAAGGGGCAGAUGCUGCCACACGAGAGGGUCCCAGCACCGCAGGUCCUGGCUGCCCGGAGAGCGUGGUCAGCAGCAGCAGCCCCGCAGUGAAGGGCAGCAUCUCUCAGGGCACUGAAGCAGGAGGUGUGUUGAGGAGCGAGGGUGAUGAGCUGGAAGGGAAGGAAGAAGAGGGGGAAAUGACAGCAGAGGAGGAAGAGGAGGCCAAAAUUCCUGAGGAAGAGCAGCCCCGGUUGGAAAACGGAGAAACCGCCGAGGACAACGAAUCCGGGAGCACCGACUCCGGGCAGGAAAACUCGGGAGAAUCCCGCCUGCUGCGUUCAGGAACUUACAGCGACAGGACCGAGUCCAAAGCCUACGGCUCCAUCACACACAAGUGUGAGGACUGCGGGAAGGAGUUCACCCACACCGGCAACUUCAAGCGCCACAUCCGCAUCCACACGGGCGAGAAGCCCUUCUCCUGCAGGGAGUGUAACAAAGCCUUCUCCGACCCGGCCGCUUGCAAAGCCCACGAGAAGACCCACAGCCCGCUGAAGCCGUACGGCUGCGAGGAGUGCGGGAAGAGCUACCGGCUCAUCAGCCUCCUGAACCUGCACAAGAAGCGGCACACGGGGGAGGCCAAGUACCGCUGCGACGACUGCGGCAAGCUCUUCACCACCUCGGGCAACCUGAAGCGGCACCAGCUGGUGCACAGCGGGGAGAAGCCCUACCAGUGCGACUACUGCGGGCGCUCCUUCUCCGACCCCACCUCCAAAAUGCGCCACCUCGAGACCCACGACACCGACAAGGAGCACAAGUGUCCCCACUGCGACAAGAAGUUCAACCAGGUGGGGAAUUUGAAGGCUCACUUGAAGAUUCACAUCGCGGAUGGGCCGCUCAAGUGUCGGGAGUGCGGGAAGCAGUUCACCACUUCAGGGAACCUCAAGCGGCACCUGCGGAUCCACAGCGGGGAGAAGCCCUAUGUCUGUGUCCACUGCCAGCGCCAGUUCGCCGACCCCGGGGCGCUGCAGCGGCACGUCCGCAUCCACACGGGGGAGAAGCCGUGCCAGUGCUUGAUCUGCGGGAAAGCCUUCACCCAGGCGAGCUCCCUCAUUGCCCACGUGCGGCAGCACACGGGGGAGAAGCCCUACGUCUGCGAGCGCUGCGGGAAGAGGUUCGUGCAGUCGAGCCAACUGGCCAACCACAUCCGCCACCACGACAACAUCCGGCCCCACAAGUGCACUGUCUGCAACAAAGCCUUUGUCAACGUGGGCGACCUCUCCAAGCACAUCAUCAUCCACACUGGGGAGAAGCCGUUCCUGUGUGAUAAGUGUGGUCGGGGCUUCAACCGGGUGGACAACCUGCGCUCCCACGUGAAGACCGUGCACCAGGGCAAGGCUGGGAUCAAAAUCCUGGAGCCGGAGGAAGGCGACGAGGUCAACAUCGUCACGGUGGCUUCCGAUGACAUGGUGACAUUGGCCACCGAGGCGCUGGCUGCCACCGCUGUCACCCAGCUCACAGUGGUGCCGGUGGCGGCCGCCGUGACCGCGGACGAGACCGAAGCGCUUAAAGCCGAGAUCACCAAAGCAGUGAAGCAAGUGCAGGAGGCGGAUCCCAACACCCAGAUCCUUUACGCCUGCGAUUCCUGCGGGGAGAAGUUCCUGGACGCCAGCAGCCUGGCGCAGCACGUCCGCAUCCACACGGCUCAGGCGCUCGUCAUGUUCCAGGCCGACACGGACUUUUACCAGCAGUACGGCCCCGCCGGCGCCUGGCACACGGAGCAGGUCAUUCCCGCUGGAGAGCUGCUCUUCCGCACCCGGGAUGCUGCCCCCGAGCCCCCCCCGGCCCCUUUGGGUCCCCAACCUGCGGCUGGAGAGGGGCAGCCCCCCCCCGAGUGACCCCGACACCCCCCACCUCCCCCUUCGCCUUUAUUUAAGAGACAGUGCUGGGAAUGGGUGUAAAAAGUGGAUUUCGGGAAGGAGACGGAAUAAAUGGCAAUAUUUUCUAA